CUUGAGAGAAAGUGAGGGGCGUGAGUCGGAACACACUCUCUCUCUCUCUCUCUCUCUUCCCUUUGUAUAUAGAUAGAGAAUUGUGUCGGUAUAUAUAGGGUCGAUACCCGGUAUAUAUAGGGUCGAUACCAAAUAAAGAGGCAAGCUUUUCUUCCCACCUCUUUCGGCAUAGCCUAGAACCUUCUCUCUCUCUCUCUCUCUCUCUCUCUCUCGAUGGCCUCUCCAUCGCAAGCAAGCCUUCUCCUCCAGAAACAACUCAAAGAUCUCUGCAAAAACCCCGUCGAUGGCUUUUCUGCCGGUUUGGUUGAUGAAAGCAACUUAUUCGAAUGGAGCGUCACCAUUAUCGGACCCCCUGAUACCUUAUACGAGGGGGGAUUCUUUAAUGCAAUCAUGACCUUCCCAUCUAAUUACCCCAACAGCCCUCCGACAGUGAGGUUUACCUCAGAUGUAUGGCAUCCAAAUGUUUAUCCUGAUGGAAAAGUUUGCAUUUCAAUUCUUCAUCCCCCUGGGGACGACCCGAAUGGCUAUGAGCUUGCAAGUGAGCGUUGGAUGCCAGUUCACACGGUUGAGAGCAUAGUUUUGAGCAUAAUAUCAAUGCUUUCUAGUCCUAAUGACGAAUCUCCUGCAAAUGUGGAAGCUGCUGUUCCCUGAGUCUACACAUCUUCUCAUAUUCUUUCGAAUUGCAGAAAGAAUGGAGAGAGAGAAGGGAUGAAUUCAAGAAGAAAGUCGGUCGCUGCGUGAGGAAGUCACAAGAGAUGUUGUGAAAUCUGCCCCCCACACACUGGUUGCUCCAACUUUUGCAAAAAAGAAAAUCAUGUCUCACUGUGUGUAAGGGACUUUUAUUUGGUGCUUAUGUAAGUUACCAUUCUCAAUCAAUUAUCUAUGCUCUUUUUUGGACAUACAAAUUUCAUAUAUAAUAUUAAAUGUGGAAAUGCAAUUGACAGUGGACUGCUCUUGUUUUUUGCA